AGCGCAAACGAAUCCUUUCUCUGGCACUACCAUAAUUUUGACAUCUGUUUACCAACACAUGCAAAAGGUGGUGUUUAUUGGACACAAACAUAUGUUGGAAAAAGAAGUGAAGUGAAACUCCUAAAUGUCAAACAAAACCUGAAGAGAUUAUACACAGAACCAAUAGUCUGAUAAUUAUAUUUAUUACACCGAAUUCGUGAUUUGUUUUAUCAAUAACUGAAAAUAAACGAGUUGCAGCCGAUAUUUCGUAGAGAAAUUGUAAAAUUAUCGAUUAUUCAAAGGUUGAUUUUGCGUGAAAGAUGUUGUGUUGUUUAAAAUUUCUGUAUGGUGGAACGAGUACCAGUGCGAAUGUUGCCAUGAAAAUGCACCAAAACAAUAUACAGCUGGAUACAACGAAUAUGGGUCAUGAAGUGGUUAUUCUUAAGAAUGGCACACGCAUUUGUGGUUCGGGUGGGGUUUUGAGUACAGCGCCAUUAGUCCAAUCAAAAUCGUAUUUCGAAGUGAAACUUCAACAAACUGGACAAUGGUCAAUCGGGCUUGCAACACGUAAAACAGAUCUGAAUAAAACAAAAGGUGGCACCGACACAGAAUCAUGGUGCUUAAAUUCCGAUAAUAUUGUAAUACAUAACAAUAUUGAAAUCCAUAAACUUUCACUUCAACCUGCCGAUAUAAAUAGCUCAUUAGAUAAUAUUAACGACGUUUUACCGGGUACAAAUAACGAAACGGGAAUUCCAGCUGAAGGUGACACAAUCGGAGUUGCAUACGACCAUGUCGAAAUGAAUUUCUAUCUAAAUGGAAAAAAACUCGAUAUUCCUGUGUUGAAUAUCAAAGGAACGGUUUAUCCUGCGCUAUUUGUUGACGAUGGUGCCAUAUUGGAUAUCAUUCUGGACGAUUUCAACUACGGACCACCGCCUGGAUUCGAUAAAAUUAUGCUUGAACAAUCACUACUAUGAUUACUUAUUUGUAGAUUAAAUCUCAAAACAAUUUAACGAACAAACAUGAACAAAUAACCCGACUGAAUGCUAUUGCAAUCUGGCUAUUAUAUAUCAUUGCAUUCAUUCCGUAUUUAUAGGAUAAUAAAUGUUUUUAAGUGUCUAUGAACUAAAAUUUACAUGAACACUACCAGAUGUCUUACUCAAACCAAACUCGUGUAUACAAACAAACAAACAAAUAUGAAGAAUCAUGAAGUUUUAUUGAAUGGUUAAUUAUCUAUAUUUUUUCGCAAAUCUAGCAUAUAUGUAUAAAAUGUAAAUGAAAAAUAUUUAUUUUAAUGUGUAAAGAAAUUGAUCUUCGUUAUUCUUUCCUUAAUCUCAAAUCUUUGACAUUUUGAACGCUUUUUUCAAUAAAAAAACAUCUAUCUAAGCAGA